AGUCGAAAAAAUAUAGAAGAAAAAGAAUUAUCGUAAAGUGGUUAUGAAAGUUGUGACAAAAAUGUUCCGAUGUGAAAGUGCCCUUUAAAAAGUAUGCUUUGACACGACAGAUUAAAUAAAAUUUGAAAGUGCUCAAAAGACUUGACGGAUUUUUAGAAAAAAUUGGAACUCUUUAGUUACUUCUUACCGUGUGAUUUAUAUAAGUGAGAAUGGGUAAAGUAGCAACAUCAGAAGCGUUGCGUUUCAUGACGGACUGCCUCAAGGCGGUUGGUGCGGCGAGCAAGGCCGCGCAGCAGCAGGCCGAGCUGUUAUUGCAGGCGGACAGACUUGGACAUCCUAGUCAUGGACUUAACAGACUCGAAUAUUACAUAAACGAUAUCAAAACUGGGGCGUGUUGUCCUAACAACGAGCCGCGUGUGCUCAAAGAGAGUGCGUCUACCGCAUGGGUAGAUGCCAACAAUGUGCUGGGAGCCACCGCUGGUCACUUCGCUAUGGACCUCGCCGUCAGUAAGGCUAGGGACACCGGCGUCGGCUGGGUUAGUGUGAAAGGAUCUAACCACUUUGGUAUAGCUGGCUGGUGGGCGCAGAAAGCGGCUGACAAAGGUCUAAUAGGAAUGGCAUUUACCAAUACUUCGCCUCUACUCGCGCCAACGAGAAGUAAACAGUCGGCUCUGGGUACUAAUCCUAUAGCUGUUGUUGCUCCGGCGGAGAAUGGUGAAAGUUUUUAUUUGGAUAUGGCGACUACAGCUGUUGCCGUGGGCAAAAUCGAAAUGCAACUGCGUAAAGGCGAGCCUAUACCGAAUGGGUGGGCACAAGGACCUGACGGCAAAGAGACGACUGACGCCGCUUUGGCAUACGAGACGCAAUGUCUGAUGCCGCUGGGAGGUGUGGAGAAUACUUCAGGGUACAAGGGUUUUGGUCUGUCCGCUAUGGUUGAACUCUUCUGUGGCAUAUUGUCAGGUUCACUGUACGGGCAUCACAUAAGGUCGUGGUCGCACAGCGGCGAGGGCGGUGCCGCGGACCUCGGGCAGUGCUUCGUGGCGCUGGACCCCGGCUGCUUCGCGCCCGGCUUCCACCACCGCCUCACUGACUGCAUGCAGCACUGGAGACAGCUGCAACCGACUGAUUCUAACCUACCAGUGCUGGCGCCUGGUGACAAAGAGAGGAAGAAUGCAGCUGUGACCGACACCUGCGGCACCGUCACCUACCUGCAGCAGCAGCUGGAGACCAGCGCAGCGCUCGCCAACACCCUUAAUGUAGAUCCUAUGAAAGUUACCUCGUAGUCAUUGUCAGUAACCUAACCAGCCGCUAGCCGCCGCAGAUAGAAUAGAUCUAGUUGGGAGUAGGCAUAUUUUACACUUUUCAAU